UCCUAGAAACAAUACAAUUUUCUUGGAAAGUCGUGGUUAAUGUAAUUUUAUGUAAUGUGUAAUAGUACCAAAAUUGGUUUGUGACUCUAAAAGGCAUUGAUGUUUUAAUGUUGUAGUUGACUAACCACCGUUUUGCGAUGAAAUAGCACUGUGCCGUUCAAAUAAUGGAUUUAUUUAAACAGGGAAUUAAGGGUCCGACUAGACAAGCUCCAGCUGUGCCAGGCACUGGUGUCAAUCGCUACUCACCAGUGACCAAUUGGAAUGAUGAUCCUUUUGGUUCCGAUUUAUUUGAGCCAACACCACAAUUUGCUCACAAAAAGAUGCCACCUUCACGGCCACCACCACCCAAGGUGAACAGCAGGCAGCCAGACAUCCCGGUGAAACCUUCCCACUUUAUGAGAAAGCCAACAGUUCUUACGUCACUACUAUCCAGGAAAAGCAAAACACCAGUCACCAACCAAAGUAGUCAUAUCAUUAAUACUAACCACAAUAAUUUACUAAUGGAUGGAAACUGUGAACUGGAUACUAGCAAAAUGUUUCCAAGAUGUGAACCAAAGAAUGUUCAGACUGGUGCACUGAUAGACCUGUCUUCACCUCCUAGCUCUCCCACCUUCACAACAAGAUCUAGCAGUGAUGGCCUCAGUGUUGAUAGCUUCAGUUCCGAUGCCACCACCUCCACCAAUCACCACAAUGCAUUUAAUAAUGGAAAUGCUUCGCAGGCUGAGAGUGGGUUCGAAGAUGAUUUUGAUCUCUUUCUUCAUUCUAGAAAACAAAUGAAUAAAGAGGAUACUCUAGAUGAUUUUUCAGCAGUAGAUCCUUUCUCACCACCGCCAGCUUCCAAUAAGCCUCCUUUAUUAAAGAAGCCCACUUUAAGUAGAGAUCUGUUUGAAGUGUCCAGUGCUCCGAGUGUACCUGCACCAGCUCUCUCUGUGGGGCCUACUAUAAUAAGGGCAAAGCCAGCCCGACCCAAGCCCCCUGACAACUCUGCCUUGUUGAAGAGUUCCAUCGGAAGUCUGUCUGUCACCUCAAUGAAUCUGAACACCACCACUCCAAUUCAGAAGAUAAACAAUGGUUUUGGAGAUAGCUUUGAUUCGAAACCGUUCAGUUGGGAGAGGGAGUCUCCGGAGCGAGAGGACCGCGAGAGCUCCCCGCCGAUGCCGACGAUCCCGCCGCCGCCGCCGCCCCCGGGCGCCGAGGACGAGCUCGCGGCGUGGCCCGACGAAACCGACUUCGCCUCCGAAGACUUACCUUCGGAUGAAGAACCUUACGCCAUCGCUCUGUUUGAUUACUUCACUGAUCACCCUGAGGAUUUAUGCUUUUCGGCCAAUUCAAAAAUCAGUCUAAUAAGACGAGUGGACGACGAAUGGCUGUACGGGAGGGUGCGAAGCGGGGCCUCGGGCCUGUUCCCCGCCAACUACGUGCAGGUGCGCGUGCCGCUGCCGCUGCCGGGCCCGGCGGAGGCGGAGGCGGAGGCGGAGGCGCGCGCGCUCUACGACUUGGAGCCCGAGCAGCCCGGCGACCUGCGCCUCCGCGCCGGCGACACCGUCGCCGUGCUCUCCAAGCUCAACGACGAGUGGUACUUCGGCGAGUGUAAUGGACUCAGAGGACAGUUCCCCCUUAAUUAUGUGCAAAUGAGCUAACUCGCCCUAGCUCUAGACGUAUCGUUUUGGUGCUGGUAUUUUUUAAACUAGUAAUGUGAUAAAAUAUACCGUUUUAAGACUGAAGUCUACUGUAUCGCUCGAAUGAUCCGAGUGCUGCUCCUUCGGGGUGGGGGAGGUAGGCGACAGGAACGUAAUGAAUAAUCUUGUUAAUUGAUAUUAGUGCAAUAUUGCCAUAAAUAUUUUAUUGAUAUCUUCGGUAGGGCUAAAAUAAAAUUUUCCAGAAAAACAAAAAAGGCUGCUUGAUUUAUGAUGAAAAAUCAGGUAGGCUCCUGUGAAGCCAUAAGUGUACAAUUAAUUUGCGUUUUCGCACUAAUGUUGCCAUUAUAACGUAGUUGUUUAGAUUAAGCACUUAUAAGGGCACUGUAUGAAAUAUUAGUUAUCGAUAGAACUGUUGAAUGUAAAUAAUUCGCAUUGUAAAUUCAGUAUUAAUAUAUGUGUUGUAUAUUGUAGCAGUAUGGUGUCAUGUCUCGAUCAGGCUUUGGACAAAUUUAUUUUUUGUGAGGUGAGUAAGUAACCAUAUAUUUUGCUACAUGCAAAGUGUGGUUUACUUGGGCCGAUAAUAACUGCAACAAUUGUUUUGUGUCGUAUGAUUAAUAAGCAUUGUUUUUGUAGUUAGAAUGCACCGCAGGUCGUCACUAAAUCAUAGGAAUGGUAACUAGUUUGUUAUUAAUGUUAUUAUUCGGUCUCACUAUUCAAAAAAUAAAUCAUAACAACAGUGAUGCAUCUUGUAGUAGUCGUAGUUAUGAUAUGUUUGUUUCCUGUUAUAUAAUUUCAAAGGGACCAUAAUAUUAAGUGCCUUAAGUAUAUUGUCUCCAACCCAAUAAUUUGUAUAUAAAUGAUCUUAUUUAUGUAGUUAUAAUAAAAUCUAAUACCAA